CAGUCGGGGCUGGUCGCUUCCACUUCUCCCCAUACACUUUGGACUAGACUUCCUUUCCCUUUUUGGUUUUUACCGGCACUUUUUCCCCCUCACGUGAUGCGAGGGGCGGGUCCCCGCCUGGGGCGGAGGUUACUGGGAAGCUGCCGCCCUUCGACCCCUGCGGGCCCUGGGUUGCGGGGUUCCUCAGAGCCCUUUUUGCUGUUCUAAGACUGCGUGCCCGUUUUGGGCCCUCUUCCCAAGUACUCUCUGCGGGGAGGACAUUUCUUCCCCGGGUUUCAACAGGUGAGACUGCUGUUUAUCAGAAGGAAAGCUUUGUGCCAUUUGCCUUUAGACACAAUCUAUCUGCAUGUUCUAGAAUUUUAUUAUUCAGAAAAUAAAUGACAUUUAUUUGAUUGAGGUGGUGCCAUGCAGCAAGCAGCAGAGAGAUGCAGAGUUCGAGUCAGAAGGCCUGACAUGGCACUUUAUGUACCUAAAGCUCGAAGAAGUGUAGUGCUGCUCAAGUCAGGUGAUGAGGAAAAAAGCUGUGGUCCACUUAGCUCCGUGGUGAAAGAAGAACAAAAAGAGGAUUGUUUCUUCCAAAAGGAGAUCUUCAGAGACAAAUCUGAGACUCAGAGACUAAGCAUUAAUCCUGACAAAAAGGAGCACAACCGUAGAGAAGGAAAGAAAUUUUCAACAAAAUUAAGAAAAGAUGUGUGCCUUCAAGAAAGAAAGAAAGAUAGGAUUUGUGUUAAGAGGCAAACUACAGGAUCCAAAGAAACAUUAUGCCAAGGACGUCAGGAGGGUGUCCCAAAUCCUGGGAUACCUAGUAUACCUUUACAAAGACAUUUUAAACCAAAGGAGGUGGAGUGUUUGGAGGUUGAAGCCACAGAUGUGACGGGACCUGGGAAGUUGCUUCUAUCCCGGUCUUGUUCAGAAAUGAAUGAGGCCCAGGUUCUAAACAAACCAUUCCGAAAUGUGGAAUUCUGUGACGUCAGUAGGCAUGAAUUAAGUGGCGAAACAUUUGAAAGCAGAGGUUUAGAAAGCAGAAUUGAAACUGAUGCCAAAGUUGUGGAGAUACUAUCCCAGUUUCCUAGAGUUUUUAAUUGUGUGUUGAAAUCUGAGAGUGUGAUAGUACCUGUAAAACUGAAUUCUGAUUCUGCAAUUGCACAACAAAGCAUGCAAACAUCGUGUGGAAUGUUGACUCCCAGUAGUGGAGGCAUUACUGCUAUUUCUGUUCCUGGAAGUCCAGAUGGUGUCACUGACCAAACUUGUGUAGACUUUGAAGCUGAGAAUGUUAGUGAGGUAGCCAACAAUACAGAUUUCAUCUUGGGUCAGAGUGGUAUAGAUUCCAUUCCUGAGACUCUAGAUAACAUCUCUCAUAAAAUGACUAUAGUCAGCAAAUUAGAGCGUGUAAAUGGCAUUUUUGAUCCUGCAGUGAUUAGAGAAUGUGAGGAGAAUGACAGCACUGCUGAUGACUUAUGUAUAAAGUAUGAACCUUCUGAUACAGCUCUCCUUGCUCAUGAGACAGAUACAGAUGAGUCGAAGAGUGUAGGUGACAUUACUAAUAAAGCAUGUAAGAUGGACAUUACAGAUGUCCCAUCUGAUCAAAUAACUGUGGACAGCCCUUGUGUAGUUGCAGUUAGAACAGCUGAUGAGGUCUGCAGUAACACAGGUAGUUUCUCAACAUACUUAGAAAUGAGUGCAGAUACAGCCCCUCUUCAUGUAGCUAGAUGUGGGAAUGAUGUGGACAAUUCCAGCAGCCUGACUGCUUGCUCAGAUACUUACCCUGAGAGUAUUUCCUCUGGUUUCACAGAGUCAACAGGAAAGUUGAUAGAGAGCUUGUCAGAUUGUGCUUCCUCCUUACCUAUAAAGAAGAUUGCUGGUAGUAAUUGUAACACUUUUUUGGACUCUGAAUUCAGUACAUUAAAUGGGACAAAAGUACUUUCAGACAGUGCCUCGGGCAAUGAUCUGGAUUGUACUGGUGAUACAACAGAGGCACUGCACGAACUAAAAACUGCUGAAGAGUUCAAAACAAAAGAGGAAGAUGACUCAGAGAAUAUGGAAUUUGGUGUAUCCUUUCCUGAUAUAGAAACUGUAUCUAUGGAAACAUCCAUGGAACCGAAAGCAACGGAAAUGGCUCGUGUGGAGGGAAGUGCUGCUACUGAGGAGAGCUGGGAGUCUUUGUUUAAUGAUGAUGGUGACUGCCUGGAUCCACGUCUUCUACAAGAGUUAUCAGGGAAUAUGAAGAACAGAAAAAGCAUCCAGGAACCUAGAUUUGAUUAUUACAACCAUGAAGUUUCUGAUAUUGACCUCAGUGACUGUGAAUUUCCACAUGUCAUUGAAAUUUAUGACUUCCCCCAAGAAUUUCGUACUGAAGACCUCCUGCGGGUUUUCUGCAGUUAUCAAAAGAAAGGUUUUGAUAUUAAAUGGGUGGAUGACACACAUGCCCUAGGAGUAUUCUCCAGUCCGAUUACAGCUCGUGAUGCUCUGGGUAGUAAACAUACCAUGGUGAAAAUCCGGCCCUUGUCACAGGCCACAAGAGCAGCCAAGGCCAAAGCUAGAGCUUAUGCUGAGUUCCUGCAGCCAGCAAAGGAGCGUCCUGAAACUUCAGCAGCCCUAGCCAGAAGGUUAGUCAUCAGUGCCCUUGGGGUUCGAAGUAAGCAGAGCAAAACGGCAAGGGAAGCAGAGCUCAAGAAACUGCAGGAAGCCCGAGAGAGAAAACGACUGGAAGCCAAGCAACGGGAAGAUAUCUGGGAAGGCAGAGACCAGUCUGUGGUUUGAACAUCACUCAACAAAGGGGAUAGUUCUGUGAAUUCAGAAAAUAUUUCCAUAGUCUUCAGAUAGGAGGAUCCUUCUAGAGUUGUGUGUACGUGCAGAAGUGCUUGUUAAUGGAAGAAAGAGAGAAAACCGUCAAGACAAGCACUGACUAGAUAACCGAAAGCAGAUGAGCUCCUGUCCGUCUUCACUUCUAACUGCAGUUCUGUGGAACUACCCUCCUGUAUUGGGCAUAGAAGGGAGCCACUGGGCAGGAAGCUCACUUGUGCUGGCUUGGAUAGGACUUCCAAGAGCGCUCUGGGUGGGGCAGGUCCCAUUGUUAGCCUGGCUCACGCAUCUAAGAUGUCUGAAGAAGUUACAGAGGAUUCAAACCUGCGAUGAUAGAUUUUGGCCUUGCAAAGGCGGUGUGCUCCCUCGGACCUCACAGAGCUGAGGGCUGGUGGAGGGAGCAGUUAGUACCGAGGUGGAACAGUGUCUGAAGUACUUGGUUCUCACAGAAUCGACACUGUCACUUCCAGAACUCCAGACCGGGUGAGCUGCGGCAGAUGUGGGUGUUUGGACUGAGCUGAGGCCUGGGGCUGCUCCAGCAGCCAGGGGCCUGCCAGCCUCCGUCCUCACAGGAAGUCAGCUGUGGAAGCCGUGUGCUAGUUCCAGUUGAAACAAUACUAUCAUGCUGUGAGAGGGAGACAUUAAAGCUCAUUUGAUGAUACACAUCA